AUGAGCCUGCAGCACUUCGUCAACGUGGCACUGGCAGUCAUUUUCGCAUCCACGGAGGGCAGGGCUGGAGAGUGCGUGUGGUACAUUAGCAACUUCAUGAUCACAGUAGUUGGAGGAUUGAUUGUCUUGACUCUUUGGAUGCGGUUUCAUCGCAUUGUCGUUGCCAAAUAUCAGAUCACUUGGCUCCAAAGUGGAGAGUAUGGAAAUCCACCUCGGAUUUCAAUUUGGCUUGCACAAACCACGUACUGGGGGUUUGUUUGCUGCUUAGAAAAAUUCACGGUGGCCGGACUUGUGAUCUACCCGUUCCACCACCGCAUCGAUUCAAUCAUUGCUCCGCUCGAGACGCCCCUGAAGCCGUACCCGAAGACGGAGCUUGUCCUUGUAAUGGUCGUUGCGCCAAGUAUUCUCAACCCCAUCUGGUCGUGGAUCAUUGACAACUUGGUCAAGGACCCGCAGUAUGGUCAUCAUGGGGAGAGAUCGCAAGAGGAGCCCCUCAAGCACUACGGAACUGUUCAGACGGACUGCUGA